UUCUCCCCCGCGCCCUUCCUCGCGGCGGGAGGGAAAAGCCCGUGCAGGAGGAAGGGGGGCUCGGUGUCAAUUUUUUUUCCUUCUUGGGGUGUGUGUGUGUGUGUGUGUGGCCGCGGCCCGAGCCUGUGGCGCGCGGGUAGGUGAACAGGGAAGAUCCCCGGCGCGGUUAAAAGAACCAUGGAUGGCCCGACGCGGGGACAUGGACUCCGGAAAAAGCGGAGGUCUCGAUCACAGCGAGACCGGGAGAGACGCUCCCGGGCCGGGUUAGGAACUGGUGCGGCGGGUGGUAUAGGAGCCGGCCGGACCCGGGCUCCCUCGCUGGCUUCAUCGUCGGGCUCCGACAAGGAAGACAAUGGAAAGCCCCCAUCCUCCGCCCCGUCCCGGCCCAGACCCCCGCGGAGGAAGCGCAGAGAGUCCACCUCAGCCGAAGAGGACAUCAUUGAUGGAUUUGCCAUGACCAGCUUUGUUACUUUUGAAGCGCUGGAGAAAGAUGUAGCAGUUAAGCCUCAGGAACGUGUGGAGAAACGACAGACUCCCCUGACCAAGAAAAAACGAGAAGCUCUUACCAAUGGCUUGUCUUUUCACUCAAAGAAGAGCCGGCUCAGCCACUCACACCACUACAGCUCAGAUCGAGAAAAUGACCGCAAUCUCUGCCAGCACCUUGGGAAGAGAAAGAAGAUGCCUAAGGGACUCAGACAGCUCAAGCCAGGACAGAACAGCUGCAGGGACAGUGACAGCGAAAGCGCUAGCGGAGAAUCCAAGGGUUUCCAGCGGAGCAGCUCUCGGGAGAGGCUCAGUGAUAGUUCAGCUCCUUCCAGCUUGGGGACAGGCUACUUCUGCGACAGUGACAGCGACCAGGAAGAGAAGGCUUCAGAUGCUAGCUCUGAAAAACUCUUCAACACUGUUCUUGUAAACAAAGAUCCAGAGUUAGGUGUUGGCGCACUACCUGAACACAACCAAGAUGCGGGACCAAUUGUCCCCAAGAUCUCGGGUCUAGAGAGAAGCCAGGAGAAGAGCCAGGACUGUUGCAAAGAGCCCGUCUUCGAACCCGUGGUGCUCAAAGACCCACAUCCUCAGCUCCCUCAGCUACCAUCCCAGGCCCAGGCUGAACCUCAGCUCCAGAUUCCAUCUCCAGGCCCGGACUUGGUACCGCGCACCGAAGCUCCGCCCCAGUUCCCUCCUCCAAGUACACAGCCAGCCCAAGGACCCCCAGAAGCCCAGCUGCAGCCUGCCCCGCUGCCUCAGGUGCAGCAGCGGCCACCCCGGCCCCAGUCCCCCAGCCACCUGCUCCAGCAGACUCUUCCACCUGUGCAGUCACAUCCCUCCUCCCAGAGCCUCUCUCAGCCGCUGUCGGCCUACAACAGCAGUAGCCUGAGCCUCAACAGCUUAAGCAGCAGCAGAAGCAGUACCCCGGCAAAAACCCAGCCCGCCCCUCCUCACAUCUCCCACCACCCGUCCGCCUCUCCCUUCCCCCUCUCCCUGCCCAACCACAGCCCUCUGCACAGCUUCACACCCACCCUCCAGCCCCCUGCCCACUCACAUCACCCCAAUAUGUUCGCCCCUCCCACUGCUCUGCCUCCUCCCCCGCCGCUGACGUCUGGAAGUCUGCAGGUGCCAGGGCAUCCCGCAGGGAGCACGUACUCAGAACAAGAUAUCCUGAGGCAGGAACUGAACACGCGUUUCCUGGCCUCUCAGAGUGCCGACAGAGGGGCCUCCCUGGGCCCUCCACCCUACCUGCGGACCGAGUUCCAUCAGCACCAGCAUCAGCACCAGCACACCCAUCAGCACACGCACCAGCACACCUUCACACCGUUCCCCCACGCCAUCCCGCCCACUGCCAUCAUGCCGACGCCAGCACCUCCCAUGUUUGACAAAUACCCCACCAAAGUUGACCCAUUCUACCGGCAUAGUCUCUUCCACUCCUAUCCUCCUGCGGUCUCGGGUAUACCCCCCAUGAUCCCACCCACGGGCCCUUUUGGGUCACUCCAAGGAGCAUUCCAGCCGAAGACAUCCAACCCUAUCGACGUGGCUGCCCGGCCUGGAACAGUCCCACAUACUCUGCUCCAGAAGGACCCAAGGUUGACAGAUCCUUUCAGACCUAUGCUAAGGAAACCAGGAAAGUGGUGCGCCAUGCAUGUGCAUAUCGCCUGGCAGAUUUACCACCAUCAACAAAAAGUCAAGAAACAGAUGCAGUCAGACCCACACAAGCUGGACUUUGGGCUGAAGCCUGAGUUCCUGAGCCGUCCUCCAGGCCCUAGUCUCUUCGGAGCCAUUCAUCACCCCCACGAUCUGGCACGACCUUCCACUUUAUUCUCCGCCGCUGGUGCUGCACAUCCUACUGGGACCCCGUUUGGGCCACCACCUCAUCACAGUAACUUUCUCAACCCUGCCGCUCACCUAGAGCCUUUUAACCGGCCGUCUACGUUCACGGGCCUCGCUGCAGUUGGUGGCAAUGCCUUCGGGGGACUUGGAAACCCUUCAGUUACACCCAACUCAGUGUUCGGCCACAAGGAUAGCCCCAGUGUGCAGAACUUUAGCAAUCCUCACGAACCCUGGAACCGGCUGCACCGAACGCCUCCGUCGUUCCCGACCCCUCCGCCCUGGCUGAAGCCAGGGGAAUUGGAGCGCAGUGCGUCCGCUGCAGCCCAUGACAGAGAUAGAGAUGUAGAUAAACGAGACUCCUCCGUUAGUAAAGAUGACAAGGAAAGGGAAAGCGUUGAGAAAAGACACCCCAGCCAUCCUUCCCCAGCACCUCCCGUCCCGGUGAGCGCCCUGGGCCAUAACCGCAGCUCCACCGAUCCGACGACCAGGGGUCAUUUGAAUACUGAGGCUCGUGAGAAAGAUAAACCAAAAGAGAAGGAGAGAGACCACUCGGGAUCCCGAAAGGACCUGACCACCGAAGAGCACAAAGCCAAGGAAAGCCAUCUGCCCGAGAGAGAUGGGCACAGCCACGAGGGACGUGCAGCAGGCGAGGAACCCAAGCAGCUGUCCCGGGUGCCAUCGCCCUACGUGAGGACACCAGGCGUGGAUAGCACCAGGCCUAAUAGCACCUCUAGUCGGGAAGCCGAGCCACGCAAGGGUGAGCCGGCCUACGAGAACCCCAAGAAGAACGCCGAGGUCAAGGUCAAAGAGGAACGCAAGGAAGAUCACGACCUACCUACUGAGGCCCCCCAGGCCCACAGGACCUCAGAGGCACCUCCGCCCAGCUCCUCAGCCAGUGCCAGCGUGCACCCAGGGCCUCUGGCAUCCAUGCCCAUGACCGUGGGAGUGACUGGCAUCCAUGCCAUGAACAGUAUCGGUAGUCUGGACAGGACACGUAUGGUGACCCCAUUUAUGGGCCUCAGUCCGAUCCCAGGGGGAGAGCGUUUCCCAUACCCCUCUUUCCACUGGGACCCUAUGCGGGACCCCUUGAGGGAUCCUUACCGUGACUUGGACAUGCACCGAAGAGACCCUCUGGGCAGGGACUUUCUGCUCAGGAACGACCCCCUGCACCGGCUCUCCACACCCCGGUUGUAUGAAGCCGACCGCUCGUUCCGGGACAGGGAGCCUCAUGAUUACAGCCACCACCACCAUCACCACCAUCACCCGCUGGCCGUGGACCCUCGACGGGAGCACGAACGAGGAGGACACCUGGAUGAACGUGAGCGGCUGCACGUGCUUCGGGAGGACUAUGAGCAUCCGCGGUUGCACCCUGUGCACCCCGCUUCUCUAGAUGGACACCUCCCACACCCGAGCCUGCUCACACCAGGCCUGCCUAGUAUGCACUACCCUCGCAUCAGCCCUACUGCAGGCCACCAGAAUGGACUGCUUAACAAGACCCCGCCCACUGCGGCGCUCAGCGCCCCACCUCCGCUCAUCUCCACAUUGGGGGGCCGCCCGGGAUCCCCCCGGAGGACUACGCCUCUGUCGGCUGAAAUCCGAGAGAGGCCACCGUCCCACACACUGAAGGACAUUGAAGCUCGGUAAGCCAGGAGGACAAGGCAGACCUCGGAGUGGGGGAGGAAUCCCCAGGGAACCCACCCCCCAGACUCAAGAGACAACUCCCGCACCCCCAAACUUGAGAGGUGCAGAGCUCCAACUCUUCCCCUGGGGAAAAAAAAAAGGACAGACACUCUGUUUGGAUGUUGAAAUGUUUUUGUAUAUUAAUGUUGGAAUUUUUCAGACCUUUUAGCCAGGUCUUGUUUGUUCUUACAUUUCUUUACUUUUUUGUUGUUGUUCCUUGCCUAAAACUUUGAUUUGAACCAAAACGGUGAAGGUACUGACACACAGGGAUCUGAUG